CUAGAUUACGGGGACAAAAAUGAGGGUGCCAAUAUAUUCAGCAGAAGUUGAGUAUAGAAGAGUACGAAUUUAUCUCCAUACAAGCAUGAUAUCAACUUACUGAUCCUGAGCUACAGAGCUUUAAAUUAGCUUUGUAGCUUAAUUUCGUAGAGGUUACAAGAUUCUUGGUCAGUAUGCACGGAAGGGGUGGGUAAAUGCCUUCAAUUUCCUGCAUGUAUAUAAUGCAGCAGUGAGUCAUGUACUGCGUUCAGGUUUCUCUGGAUUCUGACUUUAGCCUCAGUGCCUGACCUUGGAGCGAGAGUUGUACAACUGUUAAGGCAGUGGUUGCAAUUGUGCAGAGACUUCACCAAAUGGAUCUGGAGAAUAUGCAACGUGCUCGAAAAAAUAGGACCCGGAAAGCUAAAUAGAAAUUAAAAAAAACCACUAACAAUUCGGUUGUUCUUAGAUAGCUAAGACAUUUGUGUGACCUGCACUCUCGGCGGCUCUUCCAAGAUCCACAACUGCACCAUGAUUGUAGUUGUUGGUGGGGUCACCGCACAGCAGGAAAUUUCACGUGUGAUAUUCGGUUGUUCAUACGAAGAUUCAAGCGUUAUAGUCUCAGAGAAGGUUCAGCGGGAAAGCUUUAAAUUCGAUCUCACAAACAGCAGACCCAGAUUGAGCUGAGUUGCGAUCGGGCACACACUGGCAGCCUUAUCCAAGUCCGCAAGCCAAGACGUGUCCUAGGCGAGAACAGGUGAACUCUGGGACGGUUGACGUGGUUGAAAAGUCUGAGCACAUAUCAGGCGCGUACAUUUGCAAGGAUUACAGCUUUUUCUUUCCCUCUACGUUUACUGGGCGAAUUUCCGGCUUCUGUUCAGGCACAGACAGGCUAUACGUGCAAAAAGCCAACUGUUCAACUCUAAUACAUUGUGCAAGGAUUGUCUGUUUCGAUCUGGGAGACCGAAGUGUGGGUCUGACAUUGAGCCAACGUAAGAAGCUGAGAAGGAUUUGAGGCGGUGCGAAUUGAGAAGGAGGAGCAGAGCAGUCGGGAGCAAUGCCAGACGGAGGGAACGAGGUGAGCUCGUUCUUCGACGAUUUGGUACCAAAUUCAGAGGUCGAAAAGAGCCCACUCACCAUUCCAAUCUCCGACGUUAUAGACUGGAAGUCUCUGUUGGACCAUCUCAGACUAACGACCAACGAUCCAGCACAUCGCUAUUACGUCGUGACAUUUCGAUCCAUUCGCUCCAAAGGUGCGGACGAUCAGAAGCUCUAUGCCGCCGAUGCUCAGGCUCAAGCCGAAGCCAGACAAAGCGGAGGUCUCCUGAUGUACUGGUACGGGGCGUUGAACGAGCGACGAGAAUGUUUCGCAAUGUGCGUUUGGGAUUCGAUGGAGCAAGCUCGCAAGGCCAAUGGUCUGCCCGCCCACCUCGUGGCCCGACAGCUGGCCAGAGAAAUGUACGAUACCUACCGAUUGGAAAGGUGUUGGCUCAGAGCGGAUGCCAAUUUCAAUCCCCUCCUGGAAAGUCUCCCUAGCAGCAGCUCGUAUCACUCAUGAACCAUCCAUCCGACCGACAUCCAUGUACAGGCUGAUUACAGCAAGAGUUUCCGCGCAUCCAUUGUACAGUCUAUUCGACCGUGUCCAGCGAGAUAUAUAUUUUGCCCUUGUUCCCCUGGACAUUCUACCCACCCUUCUGAUCGAUUUACUCAUUCAUCCAGCUUGAGCAUCGUAAGUUUCAACUUCUGACUGCACAAGGAUUCGAGAGUUGACAAUGUAUCAUGAAUCUCAGAAUCAUGUGUAGAGUAAACAACUGUCAACUUUGGUCGAGAUAUAUUGACCGAGAUGUUUGACAUGUGAAAUUACUCAUAAGACUCGGAUCCAUCCAGUUGCACAUACUCAAGGCCCGUAUAGUUAGUAGUUUAAACACAAAUGUAUUCAGUGUCUGCACCCGUUCUCCUGGAGAACGCGCCAAACUCUUCAGCUUGUGGAAACUGUGGUUUACAAGAAAAGUGGAUGAUGUCAAAUUUGACGUCUGCGUCCUGAUCCAAAUGCAAGAGUGUAUCAAGGGU